UUUUUUCGCUUUUCUUCUCUUUCUCCUCCCACCCCAUUUGUGAAUUUCACAUCCAACCACUUUUUUCAACCUUUCCUAGUAUCCUGUAAAAAGACUCUUUAUAAAGAGUCUAAGGUACUAGAAGUCAACUUUCCCACGCAGCGAACCUACACAAGUUCGCUAAAACUACCCCACCACACCGAUCACAGCCAACGCCUGUGAUCCUUUCUAUCAAACCGCAAAUAUGGCUGACAAGGGUCUUGAGGAUCUCGCCGAGGGGCAGAUCGAGUCUAACUACGAUGAGGUCACCGACUCCUUCGACUCCAUGGACCUGAAGCCCGAGCUGCUUCGCGGUGUCUACGCUUACGGUUUCGAGCGUCCUUCCGCCAUCCAGCAGCGUGCCAUCAUGCCUAUCAUCAAGGGCAACGAUGUUAUCGCCCAGGCUCAGUCCGGUACCGGUAAGACCGCUACCUUCUCUAUCUCCGCCCUGCAGAAGAUCGACCCCGAUGUCAAGGCCUGCCAGGCUCUGAUCCUUGCUCCCACCCGUGAGUUGGCUCAGCAGAUCCAGAAGGUCGUCGUUGCCAUCGGUGACUUCAUGUCCCUUGACUGCCACGCCUGUAUCGGUGGUACCAACGUCCGUGAGGAUAUGACCGCUCUCCGCGCCGGUCCCCAGAUCGUUGUCGGUACCCCCGGCCGUGUCCACGACAUGAUCCAGCGCCGUGUUCUGUCCACCACCGCCAUGAAGCUCUUCAUCCUCGAUGAGGCCGAUGAGAUGCUGUCGCGUGGUUUCACCGAGCAGAUCUACGAUAUCUUCCAGCUGCUUCCCCAGUCCACCCAGGUUACCCUGCUCUCCGCUACCAUGCCCCAGGAUGUCCUUGAGGUCACCACCAAGUUCAUGCGCGACCCCGUCCGUAUCCUUGUCAAGAAGCAGGAACUUACCCUUGAGGGUAUCAAGCAGUUCUACAUUGCUGUUGAGAAGGAGGAGUGGAAGCUCGACACCCUCUCCGAUCUCUACGAGACCGUCACCAUUACCCAAGCUGUCAUCUUCUGCAACACCCGCCGAAAGGUCGACUGGCUCACCGACAAGCUCACUGCCCGUGAUUUCACCGUCUCCGCUAUGCACGGUGACAUGGAGCAGUCUCAGCGUGAUAUUAUCAUGAAGGAGUUCCGUUCCGGUUCUUCCCGUGUCCUGAUCGCCACUGAUCUUUUGGCCCGUGGUAUCGAUGUCCAGCAGGUUUCCCUGGUCAUCAACUACGAUCUCCCCGCCAACCGCGAGAACUACAUUCACCGUAUCGGUCGUGGUGGUCGUUUCGGUCGCAAGGGUGUUGCCAUUAACUUCGUCACCGCUGACGAUGUUCGCAUGCUUCGCGAGAUCGAGCAGUUCUACUCCACCCAGGUUGAGGAGAUGCCCAUGAACGUGGCUGACCUCAUCUAAACACCCUAACUCUUGACGUCUUGAUGCGGUUUACGAUCGCAGAAUCUGCGUUAAAAGUGGCUUUCUGCGUUUCCGCCUGCAGUGUGCCGGGGAAGUGAAUGGGGCUAUGCUUCCGCAUAUUGAGUCGACAAGUCGACGCCUCGGGAUUUUCCCCGGCCCUUGCUAUGGUUUCCUAUGUCUUGCACCAACGGAGAUGAGACAUGUUUGCGUUCACCUCUUGCUGCUCCGUUUUCUCUUAUUUUUUUAUGCAUUUCCCUCUGUUUUCCCUUGUCUGUAUCUAGCUCGCUCUUGUUGGUUAAGGAUGCUGCCUAUUCUCGUACUUAAUCAAUAGACCGGGCCAAAAUGUGACUUGUUCCUCAGGGCGUUGUCCUUGAAUGAUAUUUAAA